AACACGCUGUGGCUGUUCUGUUUUCUUUUACUGCCAAAUGCCAAUGGCUGUUCCUUUCCGCUGUUGUCGUGCAACGAUUAGGUAAUGUGGAUCGCUAGACGUCUUCUCUCCUCUGCAGUCUUAACAGGUCGUUAUGGAUUACUUUGUCAUACAGCGAGUUCACUACCUGAGGUCGCACCUAGAUACCUCCAGUGUACAUGUUGCUGGCGAAGCCGCAUCACAGUUGCUGGGUUCGACACUUUAACUGGUUCCCCCUCCUCGGACUUAUGCAGUGAUGACAAGCAAUCGUUGGAUGACCUUUAUACACCUGAACAGCGAGCUGUCAUCCUGAAACUUUUAAAUAAUGCAACAGAAUCGGAACUUAGUAGAGUAAAACUUUUGAGAACACGCAAAUCUGCAAAUAUAGUAGAGUAUAGAAGUCGACAUGGGCCCUUCAAAAACCUCGAAAGUGUCUUAAAUGUACCUUUAGUGAAGCACAAGACUGCUGUCCUGUCUUUCAACCAUAUAGUUGACCCGGAUAAGAAGGAGGUGAAGGAGGUGAAGAAAAAGAAAGCAAAGAUACAACUUAUCAAAUUCGUCAAACCAGAGAUCGAUCGAGGGCACCUAGAGGCGGCUGAAACGAUCGUGUCCAUCACAUUUGGCACCAACAGAGUGGCAUGGGCUCACAUGGACAAUACCAUGACUGUGCGGGAUUGGCAGCACCACAAAUGUGAUAGCUUCCUGAAGGGGACAUUCAUGGCCGCAGCCUACUUAGAGGAUAUUUCAUCUGUUGUAUCACGCAUCCCUGACGCGGACUUCUUCAUCAUUGAGAAGCCGGCGAUGUCCAUGCAGAACCCAUCGCUAUUCCCCAUCAUGGUGCACCUCCGCACGGUGGAGGCCAUGCUGUUCGCCCUGCUGACGCAACGGCAGGAUGCGGGCGACGUGCCCAGAGUUCUGAACAUGAUUCGCGCGACCGUCGGCCGUCACUUUGGCGUGGUGGUGGCUGACGUGCGGACCAGCGGAGCGCAGCUGGUGCGUCAGAUGAUGACCGAGUCCGUGACCCAGAAGGUGCCUCGUGUCAGGUUCUCCCACAACCUACUGGUGAGGUAUCGGGACGCGUUCCAGAUAGACAGUCGCAACCGCGGGGAAGAACUGUCCGAUGCCCUGCUGCAGGCAGUGGCCUUCUACGAGCUCCUUGAGGAAUCUGCUGCUUAGACUUGCAGAUGGCGCGCAGACAGGGCAUGUAGUCUGUGUGAAUGGCUGGGCUGCUUCCCAACAGGCCGACUGUUUUGCUGGAGAGCACCGUCUUUACAAGAUCAGCUCGUCUUUCAACAACACUGCCAAACAGUUUAAAUCAGACGUUGGAAACACAAACACAACAAAAGGGACGAGACACAAAAAUCCAAAUUACUGUUUUACAAUACAAUACAUUUACAUUUAUUCAUUUAGCGGACACUUUUGAAUACAUGUACAGUUAAGUAUUUGAAGACAUGCUAAAGUUGACUUUAAAGAGGAAUAUAAUCUUUUGGAAAUUGAACUUUAAUGCCUUAAAUGAAAAAUUUAUGUGAAUAUUGAUAAUGAUAUUUGUGAAUGAAUAAUGUAUUGUAAAUAAAUAAAAGGUUUUCCUUAAAGCAA